AGAGCUGGAUGUGUUGUGUGUUUCAGGGGAACCCGGGAACACAAAGGUCUGGACAUCGUGUGCAGAGACGGGUCGACCGUCUACGCUCCGUUUGACGUGACUCUCCACGGAAAAGUCACUGUCUACACCGACCCCGCGAAGGCCGCCAUCAACAGCGGCAUCAACCUGAGAGGAGAGGGCUUGUGUUUCAAGUUGUUCUACGUUCAGCCGGACAAAACCUCUGGGUCAGUGAGGAAGGGGGAGCGGCUCGGUGUCAUGCUGCCCAUGCAGAGGGUUUACCCAGGAAUCACCUCUCACGUCCACGUCCAGAUGUGCGACAAGAGCAACCCCACACCUUACUUCUGAUCACCUCACCGAGGACGCCUGUCCCUUCUCUUUAUGUCAACAUUAAAUCCUUUUUAAAUGUUGCCGUUAUAAACUAAUAAAGUUUAGAGACUCA